AUGGAAGCCCUGCCGAACGAGCUGAAGAUCGCCAUCCUCGAACGCGUGCAACCCGACGAUCUGCGCAAGUUCACCCUGCUCAACAAGGCAUGGCGCCAGCUCUUCAAGAAGAACCGCAGACAUUUCAGAAGAGCCGAUGCAGAGGAGAUUCGCUUCCACGACCUCGGUGACGGCAACAUCCAAAUUCACAUCGUGUUGCCCGGAAAUCCAGCGUGGACCAAACGGAUCGUCUCCAAGACCGUGCCCGCCGCCGAGGCGUUCGACUGCGUCUGGCCCUAUACGACGGCGGAUUUGAAGGUAAAUUCACACUCGAACGCGCUGCGCUCCGUGUUCGAGGAGAUGCCCGAUUACUGGCUGAAGGAUGUGUCGACGCUGGGCAUCUUCGAGAACGAGAGCAACGUCGACUCGCUGGCGAUCCUGGGGCGAUGCCCGGCCGUCUCUUCGCUCUACAUUGAUCCCUGCUACUCGGCCAUUGAUGUCACUUCCAUUGCGAGGAAGAUGCCCAAGAUUGAGGAUUUAAAGCUGCUCUCCUGCAAUCGAAUCAUCACCGCCGACGACACGACGCUCGCUGAAGUGAUCGAGAGGAGCCGCAAAUCGGAGAAUGGACUGCGCACCUUCUGGGUCGACUCAAUUCCGACCGACUUCUCCAUGGCUAUGGUCCAGCGAUUCCUUCUGGAAGCCAAGUUCAGCGAGCGGUGCUCAAUUCUGUUGGAGAAGAUGCGCGGAUCUCGGGCCGUCUUCCUCGACUUUAUCAAUCAGCAUUUUGACGACACGGUGCAAAGCGGAAAUGCGUACAACUUCAAGGACGCGCGUGGCUAUGAAUUUUCGCUGAUUAUUGGAUCAUUUAUCGCG